CCCUCACGAACACCACAAAGAAAACUGCGAAGAAAAGUGAGAGGGAACCUAACAGAAACAGCAAGAAAGCGCAAGAGCUUUCUCGAGAAAGUGCAAUACAAAGAAAAGGAGAUACCUUCAGUGAAAGAGAUGGCGUUUUACGUCGACGAAGAAGAGGUCUGGAAAUGUCCGAAGCAUCCUUCGAGAAGACGCCGAAGUGGAAUCUGUCCGGUCUGCCUCCGAGACAAACUCGCUUCUCUUUGCCCCGAAUGCGCCCACGCGCGUCCCUGCGCUUGUAGCGCAACCACUUCUUCUUCCUCGUCAUCAUCCUCCUUAUCUCGCUUCUCAGCCGCGGCGGCCGUGGAUAUGCCAGGUGUCGGCGCCGUCGGUCGAGUUUCUAAUCUUAUAGAAGGCGAACCUGCUUUCCGACGAUCCAGAUCCCUGGCGAUUCCCUUUCUCCGAUCGAAGCCUGAGAGUUUAAGCGAAAAGAAUGAUUUGGCGGGUAUUAAGAGCAAGACGCCGUCUUUUUGGUCGAUGUUUAGAGCUAGUAAUAAGAGCAAGCGACACGAGAGUGAAGAUCAUCAAAGAGAAGGAGAGAAAGAGAGAAUAGCGGCGGAGGAAGAAAGGAGGAGGAUGAUGAGGAAGUCAAGGUCGGUGGCGGUGACAUCACAUUCCGGCAUCGGAGAUUUGAAAUCGUCGCCUUCCACUAAAGGGAAAGGCUGGUAUUUCCCGAGUCCGAUGAAGGUUUUCAGGCAAACUAGAGUUUCCAAAUUGGUUUUCCAAGAACGCUCUCCUUUGUAUAGAGGUUGAUUUAUUUUUCCUUUUUUUUUAUUUUUCUUUUUUCUUUAUAAUUUGUAGAGUAAAUAAGUAAUGUCAAAAUUUAACAACAGAAACGAACGAAAAUAUGACUAAUUAAUAUAUUAUUUAUUUCCUCCUUUUUUUAUUUUAAACUUUUCGGAAUUUAAGGAAUAUAACGAAAUACUUGAUUGAGUAAUUUCAAUUUUUU